AUGAGCUCGCCCCCAGCCGGCGGGCGGCGCAAGCCGCGGUCGUCGGACAGCAGCAGGCGGCACGCAGCGGCGAGCACGACCGACGAGGAGCUGUUCUACGGGUCCGGAUCACGGGGAUCGCGCCGCGCCCCGCCACCACCGCGCGCAGCGGCGCGCAAGCACGAGAGCUCCGAGGUCGAGGAAGACGAGGACGAGAGCGAGAUGGACGUCGACGAUGAGAUUGACGGCCUCCUCUCUGGCGGCGAGGGCGAGGGGGACGGCGGCGACGGGGACGGGGAAGGUGAUGGCGACGGGGAUGGCGAUGGAGACGACGGCAAGGACGAGCUGGAUGAGAGCUCUGAGCCGCGAGAGUGCCAGUGGGACGAGUGCCCGCGCGUGUUUGGCGAUCAAAAGGGCCUCGUCGAGCAUGUCACCAAGGACCACAUUGCCACCGGACGACAGCCAUACGCCUGCCUCUGGAGGACAUGUACCCGCCAGGGCCAGAAACAAGCUAGUCGACACGCACUCCUCACGCAUAUACGCAGCCAUACCGGUGAAAAGCCGUACCAGUGUCCUCAUCCCGGCUGCGGAAGAAACUUUACCCGCUCCGACGCGAUGAACAAGCACCUGCGCGCGAUCCACGGCCCAGAGAGCAACAACAAGCGGCGGCGGACCAACGGCCUAGCGGACGAGUUUGCGCCCAGUGCGCUCGACGACGAGCCGGCCGUCAUCCGCGACCUGGCCAAGGACGAGGAUCUGUCCGAGGUGAUCCACCGCCUGCGGAGCCGCGACCGCGUCGUCUUCAAGGCUGCGAAUCCCGACGAGGAGGCGGCGUUACGCUACGUCCGCGAGCGCCGGCCGGGCGGCGCGCCGACCAAGCGCGGCGGCAGAGCAAAGGGGCGCAAGAGCGGCGCUGCAGCAGACGACGACAGCAAGGCGGACAAGGACAAGGCCAACGACUCGGGCAGCGAGUUCGACGAGGGCGCAAGUAAGCGAUACCCCGUCGAGCGCGCAGUCGAGGGAUACAUGGUCGAUCCUAGCGGCGAGGGCGAAAUCGCAGUCAUGGGCCGCUCGCGCUGGCAGGCAAAGUACAUCAUGGCCAAGGCCAAGCUCAUGCUUGUCGACGAGGAGAACAAGAUGCGCCGUGACGAGUUAGCGUUCUGGCUCGAGGAGGAGGAGCGCGUGUUCGGCCGCGAGGACGUCAAGGGCGAGAGCGAUGCCGGGGAGGACGAGGUCGAUCACCGCCGUAGGUAG